UGGGAGAUUCGGUUUAUUUCAACUCGACACCGCCGAGGGGUCAAUCGACCCGGAAAACAUGGCGCCAAGAACGUUGGCCAGGUUAAGCUUUCGUGGUAAUAUACAUGAUCUAACCUCAGCAUGUAGCUUCCGAACGAACCGUGGUUGAUAUUCAACACAGUCCGUUUAGCCUGAAAUUUUCUUACUUCUUACGGGCUCGUGUACCCAAGAUCGUUACAUUUGUACCACAAGGAAUCUAGGCCUUUUGAUGUAACGUAUACCUCAUAUACCCCCUAUACGUCCAGUUAACUUUCCAGUGCUAAAACCGAGAUACAUACCAAGAUUCGAGCCGCCAUUAUCGUCGUCACGAACAGGAUGACCUAUACGACUAUUGCUUCCAAAGCAACCCUCGAAUGGACCCGCAGGCUUAUUCCUCAUGACUAAAAUCAGUUAUCGACCCAAUCACCACAAUGGUGUAUGGUGCCUUUUCCCAACGGCUCGGUAAUUCGGAGAUCGUUCGCGGAAAAGAAUCUAACCCCUAUUCCCAGGAGUCGAUACAUCCCUUGUAAACGGCCAUGGUUCAUUGAGCGAUAUACAAAAGCCGUCGUAUCCAUGACGUUAUGGGGCUAGCUGAGCAUAUAAACCAUGAGAAAAGCUACUGUGUAAAGUGAGCUAUCUAUAAGCCCUCUGAACCAUGAAGCCGAAUCUCGUCCUCGUUUGUUUAAGCGCAUUUAUUCCUAGCCUCGCGGCGUUCAAACCUCGAGAACUCCUCUCCGAUUCUAUUCGCCUCACCCAAGAGGAUAUCGGUGAUUUUGCUGCCAUCAAAUUUGGCGAUGAGACCGCAGUCAUACGGGACCGUCAAGUCUCUAACUGCAAGGUCUUCCCAGGCGAUGAGGCGUGGCCCUCCACAGAAGAAUGGACUCGACUGAACGACACUAUUGGUGGCGUUCUCCUCAAGCCUGAGCCCGCAGCCGCUGCUUGCUACCAGGGGCCUGGUUUCGACCAAGCAGGAUGCACGUUCUUGCUUACAAACGCAUCGUCUUCUCAUUACUGGCUUGACGAUCCCCUAGUCGCAUUGACGCAAUGGUCCCAAGGCAGCACUUGUCCACUCGCUUCAGAUCCUCAGGGGAAUUGUACAAGGGGAGGGUUUCCGGAAUAUGUUGUGAAUGCUACGAAUGUGAGGCAUAUUCAAGCGGCGGUCAACUUCGCUCGGAAUAAAAAUAUUCGUCUGAUCGUUAAAAAUACCGGACAUGAUUUUGGCGGAAGGUCGAUAGGGGCGGGAUCCCUCAGCGUUUGGACGCAUCAUCUCAAGGAAAUGGAAUUUAUUCCCUCGUAUAGUAUUGGGCCAUAUAACGGAAUGGCUGCUCAUCUCGGAUCUGGUGUUGAGUCAUGGGAAGAACACAAUUUCAUGAAUACUUACAAUACAACUAUAGUCUCGCCAGGAUGUGGUACGGUAGGCGGAGUAGGUGGCUGGAUGAGCGCGGGAGGCCACACGACCAUUACCUCCACAUACGGGCUUGGGGCCGAUCAAGUACUUUCUCUCGGUGUUGUAACGGCUUCGGGGAGCUUCGUAACUGCGGAUCCGUUCACCAAUACGGAUCUCUUCUACGCGAUUCGCGGCGGAGGCGGAGCAACAUACGGCAUAGUAACUUCUGCCAUAUAUAAAGCAUACCCACCAGUUAACAUAUCCUCAUCCAGUCUCUCAUUCACACUUUCGCAGCCCUCAAGUACCCCAGGCCCCAACAUAAUUACCGACGCCGAAACAUUCUGGCAAGGGGUAGGUGCGUACUACCGCUUCGCGGCCCAGGUCCUCGAUGCCGGCGGUUUCGGCUUCGGGUACAUCUACCCAGGCGCGAACCAAACCUUCCGCUUCACAACAAGCUCAUCAUUCCCAAACCUCACCCCAGCCGCCGCCUUCGCCUUCAUGCAGCCGCUCUACGACACCCUCGCCGAUCUCAACAUCAACCUCCCCAACCCCACCAUCCGCUCCUCCAGCCUCUACGGCUCGCGCGGCGUCGGAAUCGGCCCCGCACCAGGAAACACGCGGUACCGAUCGCGUCUCCUGCCGCGCGCAAACUGGGAAAACGACACCCUCUGGAACGCAACCAUCUCCGCAAUCCGCACCGCCACCUCCGGCGGCUUCGACAACGACUUCUACUUCCACGCGACGCUAACCUCACCCACCCUCUCCGUCGCAGGCUGGCCCGGCAACACCAGCGCCGUGAACCCGGCCUGGCGCUCCAACCGCAUGCACGCGAUGCUCAUGGACUCCGCUGCCGUGCAGUCUGCAGACCGCGACGAUACGAUGAGGGUGUACAUGGAUUUGUUGAGAGAGGUGUCGCCUGGGGCCGGGGCGUAUAUGAAUGAGGGAGACCCCGGGGAGCCGGAGUGGCAGCAGGCGUUUUAUGGGGAGAAUUAUGCGAGGUUGUUGGAGGUUAAGAGGGAGAGGGAUCCGUGGGGCGUGUUUUGGGCGCCGACGACGGUGGGGAGUGAGGCGUGGAGGGUGAGUGUUGUGGAUGGGUAUGGGGGGUCGCAGAAUGGGCGGCUUUGUCGGACUGGAGUGUAGGGUUUUCUUUUGGUUUGAUGAGUGGGUGGGUGAUGAGGAAUUUAUUUAGGAGGUAGCUACAUGCAAUUGGUAGUCGUAGAUUUACCUGCUGGGUAACUCGCAUUGAUGUUGUUUUAUGUGGACGGUGCGCGUGUCUGGGAAGGAAGCUAUUCAGACCCACAAACACGCAAAUUUCGCGUCCAGGCUAGUGGUUAACUCCUGGUCUCCCGUGCACUACCAUAAAAAUAGAAUAAAAUCAUGACAUACAGCUGAGGGUC